AUGAAAAGGGUUUCACGUAUUGCAGACGUCCAAAGUUUCGGAUUUUUCGAUGAAAUGUUGAAAUUCGAAGAAAUAUUAAAGAAGACAACGCCCGAAACGCUAGAUGAUGACAUGAAUUACAUUGAAACUCAUUACACAGUCGAUUAUUAUGAUGAGUUAGCCAAUUUGUGCAUCAUAAACUCAGUAAUGAGUGCUGAAAAUAUUAAAAAUAUCAUUCAAAUUACGUACAAGCUGUGUAUGAAGUGGCCUUCAUUCAAAAAUUCCCUAUUAUACGUGUUCGGAUCAUGCGACGUAAUUGCUCCAUACAGUAAGCUUGUGCGUGGAUUGUAUCAACUUGGAAUUUUCACGUUUGCAGAGUUAGUCAGCGAAACAGUUUUUCUCGAUGGAUUCCAUCUAAUGUUUGCAAAAGAAAUUGGAAGAAAGGAUAUUAUUCCGAACAUCCCAAACCUAAAAGAAAAUGAUUGGGCAAUUUUUGAUCAGAUCAUGGAAUACGGUUACGAAGUAGAUUCUCUUGGUUAUUCAAUUAUUACUGACAAUAUUGAAAAACUCAAAGAUUAUGCAUCAAAAGAAGAUUUCAACCCUAAUCAGUUAAUUAACCAACCUUACUUAAGCACAACCGAAAGAAGUUUGUUAAUGACAGCUAUUUACUUUAAUACUCCCAAAUGUAUUGAUUAUCUUUUCGAAAUUGGAGCUGAAUUCAAUCAUGAAUGUUUGGCAGCUGCUGUUGCAGCGAAUAACAGACUUCUGAUUGAUAAAUACAAAGAUAAACAGGAUAUUAAUUACGAUACAUGCACAUUUAAUGCUGUCUGGUACAGGCGUGACGAAAUUUUUGAUGAAAUCAUGGAAAAAUAUGACGGCAAAGAAGUUUCUCUGUACAAUUGCAUACACAUGGCCUCUUACAAAUAUGUCUACUAUUUCACAGAAAACGGAGCUCCAGAAGCAAUUCCUGGAUGUGAACCUGCCUUGGUCGAAGCAGCCAAAGAUGGCGAAUUAACAGUUGUCCAAUAUCUGAUUUCCAAGAAAUUCGAUCUAAAUAUCAAAAAUGAAGAAGGCGACACAGCAUUACACUUUGCAGUUCACUUUAAUAGAUACAGUAUCACUAAACUUCUUCUUGAGAAUGGUGCUAAUGUUAAUGUUCUCAAUGAAGAAGAGUUAACCCCAGUCGAUAUCGCAAGAAGAUACCUUUUCGAAGAAGUAGAGAAGUUAUUGAUCAAGUAUGGUGGUUUAUCUUGCGAACAGCUCAAAUCUGGUGAAAAUAAAGAGGAGGAUCAAGAAAAUAAAAACGAUAAAAUUUCAGAAAAGGAGGAAGUCGAUAAACCAAAGACUCCAGUAGAAGAAUCUAAGAAACCAGAAGAAAACGCUGAUUCCGCAAUCGAUAAGCAAAAAUCAGAAGAAAAAUGA